UUGAAAAAGUGGCUUUCGUUGGAGUUUCAUGGGGUCGAAUUUAUCUAGUGUUUUUUAAACGGUUUCGGGAAUUAGUCGGCGAACUUUUAAAUUCUUGUUAGGAAACGGUACCAAAUGUUUCAUAAAUCGUAAAAUUUGGGAAUUUCCAUUGGUGAAUAAAAAAAACUUCAGAUUUUAAUUGCGCUCAAGGUAGUCGUGACUGUGCCAAAUUUGAUUCGUUUCGCGGUCUUGAUUGGAAAUCUGACCCUUCCUAACUAUAUUACAAAAUAUUGGAAAUUGCAAAAGAUUUAAAAAUGUGAAUUAGAAUGUGAGUGUGAAAUAGGGAAUGGAGAUUACUGUUAGUAGAAAACUAAUCAAUUGUAGAUCAAAAUGAUAGCAAUUCAUGCCGUUUUAUUGGGAUUACUUGCUCCGUGCAUAUGGGGAUUAAACUUAUCACAUAAGCAAAGUUGCCAGUGUGUUUACUUGUCUGGGACGCAGGGGAAAGUUUGGGGGAAGUUUAUGAUUUCCUCCACAGAGGUGAGGUAUAAUAAAUCGGAGUGCUUGCAUGUAUUUAUUACCGGGACAGAACACGAAAUCAUUGAACUUCGAUUCGAUCUAAUUAAUUUACGGAAAGAGUGCGUUGACCAAAUUCACAUCUUCCCUCACCUCCAGGAGUCAGUUCUGCAGGACCCCGUUGAACCCGAGGAAACUAUUUGUUUCGAAAAUACGAAAAAGUUUGUCUCGGUCGAUGUCUCGAGUUCCUUCCUGUACCCCAUGCAACUACCGUUGACCGAAAGCUCGAACAUGACUCCGAAUAACAUCGAAAGCUCAGCCGUGGACGUGAACCUGAACUUCAAGCCGCUAACUCGCAGUCAAUUUCGAAUAAAUCAUCGGCCGGCGAUUUUCACCUCUGGGAGGGUGCUGGGGAUGCGUCUGAUUUACAAGUCCUACCGGAAAGACGAGGAAGCUUUCAAAAUUGUGGGGAGGUUCCAGUUCAUAGAUAGAGUUCUGUUCAAAAACGAUGGCAAUUUGAUGGCGACGACCUACUGUGACUAUCAGUUCCUGCCGCAUCCAAUUAAUUAUGAUGGAGCGGAGCAGAAGAGCGACGUGGACGUCUGGCGAUAUUUCUACUCACCCCGGUAUCCUGCUAAAUACCCCAACCACAUAAAGUGCUCGUACAAAUUCGUUGGCAGACCACGUAAUCGUGUGGAGAUUCACUUCGAGGAGAUUUACUUGCUAACAGGUCACAUCAGCUGCUUACACAACUCGGAUAAGAUUACAGUGUAUGAUAGCAAAGUAGCAAAUAUGUCAUCAAUAAUAGACGUCUUUUGCAACGAGAGACCAACCAUGAAGGUCGUCAGUUCCGGACCAAAUCUCUUAAUUGACUUCGAAGCGAGUUCCAACCGAACGUCCAACGGAUUCAGCGCAAAGUAUAGAUUCAUCGAUAUUGCACCAAUAGCUCAACCAACCGCUGUGAAACAAUUUCAUGGCAUCAAUAACAGGUCGAUUGAACUGGUAUCAAAUUUGGCUUCUCCGGCAUCCCCUAUUUUGCCCAUCGCGAAUGGAGGUAGUUAUAAAUCCGACAGUCUCAAAAGCUUAUUGAAGUACACGAAGCAGCACGUGGUCUCCCCAAUUGGGGCUGUUAAUGACAGCAAUGCAACGCAACCUCACAAAGCAACCAAGCCAAACAGGACUAGUUUGAAUAAUGAUCGAGCACCAUCCAUGAUUAUUAAGGAGAGCGUGAUAGUGAGCGGGCUAAAGGAAAGUGAAUAUUCAGCUCAGGUGGUAAACAGAGGCGGUGGCCGUGGUCAAAGUAGCUCAGUUCGAGUUUGUCCACCAGGUUCUAACUGUGACAAAAUAAUUUCAUCAAAGACUGCUAAGAAUGGGACGAUACAAUCGCCUAUGUUUCCUGGACCUUAUCCGGCUCGAACUUUGUGUAGAUAUGAAUUUCAAGGGCAAGGUAGAGAAAGGAUACAAAUAAAGUUUUUUGAGUUCUCGCUUCCAUCGGAAGGCGACAGCUACGACUGCGAGGAAGCUGAUAUUUUGCAAGUUUUGCUACCGAUGCGGGAUAGAUUUGAACCAGUCGAAACGCUAUGCGGAGACACGAUGCCGAAACCAAUAAUAUCGAAUGGUCCCAAAAUGCUUUUGGAGUUCCGUGGGCGACAAAGCGGCAAGGGAAACCGAGGCUUCAAGGCUGAAUAUAAGUUUCUAGAAAAUUUUGGUAUAAUCUCGGGAGAGCAAAUUCCUAACGAAGAGUGUUCUUUCAAAUUCAACAGUAGCGUCGAGAGAAGUGGAUGGUUUCAUUCGCCAAAUUUUCCAGGAGCUUAUCCCAGAAACAUCGAGUGUAAUUAUCUUUUUUAUGGCGACUUAUAUGAUCGAAUUUUUAUACGCUUCACUUAUUUCGAUGUGGAAGGAAUAUUUCCAUGUGAAGAAUCUACAGCCAGUGAUUAUGUAGAAUUUUCGAAUUUCAUGAGCAUAGAUCGAAAAUUUCGGCGGUUUUGUGGGAAGCGCUCCGGGUUUUCAGUCAGGUCUGACGGAAGGUUCUUCCGGAUAACGUUUCGAACAAACGACCGCUUCGAUAAGACUGGAUUUCGAGCCUCUUAUACAUUCGAGGCUGAGCAGCCAACUACAGAGAGCUCAUACACACAGGAAAUCAAUAGUGCUCGUAGAAAAAUUUAGUGUAUGGUUUCUUCUAAUGACAGCGCUCCUGCCUUACGGAGUCAGUGGAAUUGCUAGUUCGUUAUAGUUAGUGAUAAAUUAGUCUAAUCGAGUUCAAACAAAUUCGUAAUGAUAUACAUGUUAUGUUGUUUAUUUUCUGUUUUGUUUUGAAAGUUACAUUUGUAAGAUGUACAGCAGAAUCAAAAUAAACAAUAGUG